AGCAUCGAAGGGCCAAGUACCAGAGCGUUAAUUCGGAUAUAAUAUAAUUUUAUUCUCCCAGACAUCUGUUUUUUUUUUACCUUCUUCUUUCUUCUCCUAAUUACCGUACUUUUGUUGGUUCGAUAAUCUUCUUCGCCUGAGAAAACUCCACUGUGGUUGAUAUCAUGUCCGAUGGAUACUAUAGUUCUAAGAAGACGGACGAUAUCUGCGAUGAAGUUUGCGGAGAGCAGGAUGGUUCUACUUCUAGAGCAGGCAAGGCCUUUUCAAGGGUUAGAUGUAUACUACGAGGACUCGAUAUCAAGACAUACAUCUUCUUCUUCAUCAUCGUCCCCGUCUUCAUCUACUCUGUCUAUAUGCACGUCCACAAGCUCACUUGCUUAUUGAGACCGCUCUGGCAAUCACCGCCUAAGCCGUUUCGAACGCUUCCUCAUUACUACCACGAGAACGCCUCCAUGGAAACGCUCUGCGCUCUCCACGGAUGGAAGCACCGCGAGUCUCCGAGGAGAGUCUUCGACGCCGUCUUGUUCAGCAUCGAAGUCGACAUGCUCACCAUCCGCUGGAAAGAGCUCGACCCUUACGUCACCCAGUUCGUGAUCCUCGAGUCUAACUCCACCUUCACCGGUUUGCCUAAACCUCUGGUAUUCGCGGCGAACCGGGAGAGGUUCGGGUUCGUGGAGCCGAGGCUGACGUACGGUAACAUUGGUGGUAGGUUCAGGAGAGGCGAGAACCCUUUCGUGGAAGAGGCUUACCAGAGGAUCGCUUUGGAUCAGCUCAUCAGGCUCUCGGGGAUCGAAGAAGACGAUCUUUUGAUCAUGUCUGACGUCGAUGAGGUCCCCAGCGCUCACACCAUCGACCUGCUUAGGUGGUGCGAUGGAUACCCGCCGGUUCUUCAUCUUCAGCUGAAAGACUACUUGUACUCGUAUGAGUAUUUCGUCGACCACAAAAGCUGGAGAACUUCGGUUCAUCUGUACAAGCCGGGGAAGACGAGAUACGCUCAUUUCCGUCAGGGCGACACUCGUUUGGCGGACGCUGGUUGGCACUGCAGUUUCUGUUUCAGGCGCAUCAGCGAGUUUAUAUUCAAGAUGAAAGCGUAUAGUCACACCGACCGUGUCAGGUUCCCUCAUUAUCUGAACCCGGGAAGAAUCCAGGAUGUGAUAUGUAAAGGAACUGAUCUGUACGACAUGUUUCCUGAAGAGUAUACAUUCAGGGAGAUCAUCGCUAAGCUUGGUCCAAUACCUAGGUCUUAUUCAGCUGUUCAUCUCCCAGGUCAUCUGAUUAAAAAAGCUGAGAGUUACAAGUACUUGUUACCUGGGAACUGCUUAAGGGAAAGUGGCUGAUAAGUGUUUGUGCUUAUCAGUCUUUGUAGUUGGCUUAUUAUCAGUAGAUGGUACAGUUUAUUGAAGAGAGUGAUCUCUGGUUUUCAGCAUAUCACUCUGUGAUGGUAUAUAACCUUGUCUGCUUUUUUAAUACUGAUUUCAUGUUCCCAUAUUGUGUUGGGAAGUUUUGCUGUAAUAGUCUAUUUUUGCCUUUACUUCAAAACUUUAUCCAUACUCCCAUUUUUAGUCUGUACAAAUUAUUAGUGAUUUCUUUACAUUAUCCUCA